AUGGACUCAGACUCUAGCACCAUUGAACAUCAAGAUAGCUUACUAUCUCACUUUGUUUCGAAGCUCAACGAGUAUCUCAGUCAGCAUCAGGUGUACAAGUUCUCUGAUGAUGAGAAGCUUGCACAAAUGUUUGGUCUUUUUUCACUUUUCAUUUUAGCCCGAACUAAAUUUGGAAUACUUCAUCCCAAGCAUCACUUGUCCAACAAAGUGGAUGAGCUGUAUUUAAGAUAUCAAAUUCUACUAUGCUUCGAGAUUCGUGUCAAAAUUUAUGGGCUAAAUUUCUUGGAUGAGAUGGAAAAUGUCCAACUAAGGCACUAUGUUGAUUUUUGCAAAAUCAUAAUUUCCAUCAUUCGAAUGUUGCUCGAUCUACCAAUCACCAACACCAAUGAUACAUUUCUGGUUAAGCUCAUUCCUUCACUGAAACUUGCAAAUAAUUACAGCAGGAUGGAGGAUGACUCAGGUAAGAAAAUGGUGAGAAAAUUAUUAGAGCAUAUAACGAACCGGUCUGAUAUUUUAUUGAAGAAAGCAGAGUCUUCUCACAUAGAUCCUGAGAUUAUUGAAUUCUGUUGUAUAACCUUGACUCUUAUUAAGGACUCUCCAUUUAGCACCGCACUUUGCCCGAUUGCAAAAGAUAUGUGCUAUUCACUUCCAAAUUGCUCCAACAAUAAUUCAGUAUAUGUCAAAAAAAUUCUUACCACUAUUAAAUCUGACUCUAAGGAGUGCCCAAGAGAUGUGUUUGUUGUGGAGCGUGCUGAAUUAAUUUACAACAUAUGCUGGUUUACUUGGAAGUGUUGUAUGUCUAAGUCUGGAAGCAACAUCUUUCUUGAUAUCAUCCAUGUUAAAGACUCAGUAUCUUGGCUAAUGCAAGCCUAUGUACUUUGUCGUGAGGUUCCUGGACUUUUGCAAAAGAGGGGCACUUCUUUUGUUGAUGGCAUAGUUCCAGAUAUCAGAACAUUUCUUCAAAAGGAUGCCCAAACAGAAGGUUCCUAUAGUGCAUCAGUUUCAGAGAAACGAUGGAAAAUUGAUGUUCAUCUAAAAGAAUUGUUGAGAAACCUUGAAGAUUCGUGGUUAGGAUCAUGGAGAUAUAAAUAUAUAAAUAGGGGUCUUCUUAAAACAAUUCUCGGAGGCUUUUGUGGAGAAAAGCAAUGA